AUGUCUUCGACAACAACUACUUCAUCUCCCAGUGCAACCAACACUGAUCAUAAUGGGGCCAGUAACAAUACCAGCCCUACAAGCUCACCAUUGCUAUUCUUUGUUGCACUUGGGUUCGGUGUUGUUUUUACAAAUCUAUGGAUCAUCGUUGGAGUCAAGUAUUGUUUCCGAUAUAAUCAGCGGAACCGACAAAUUCGCGGUGAAGAAUCAGGGGAACCCAUAGAUUUACUAGCCAUGCCUCGGACACAUCGGCGACGGCGCGAAAAGAAGUUGAUGAGUAUGGACGAGGUUAACGAGCGUUUCCCACUCGUCAAAUACAAAGCUUGGCGCUUUUCCCGCGCUGACGAAGGUCUCUCUACUGCUGGUGGUGUAGCAGCCUCCAUUGUCGGUGAUCCUAACCUAGAUGAUGGCCAUGGCCGCUUUACCGCAUCUUUUGACGCGCUUGCCGCGCCAACACCACAGCUGAACGAUAAUCUACAGCUUGAAUCCGCUGUGUCUCGGACCAAAGAACAACUCCCACGUAUUGAGGUGCCCCUAGAUAAAGCGGAAAAGGGGAGCUCUGGAUUUGUCGGAACUCAAACCCAUCCCACGGACGAUGACGAUGACGACGUCGGAAAUCAAAUACGUACGGCUGUUCCCGCCGAACUUCUGGCGAAUCCUGGUGACACCUGUGCCAUAUGUCUUGAUUCUAUUGAGGACGAUGAUGACAUACGUGGGCUCACCUGUGGCCAUGCAUUUCAUGCCUCAUGUGUCGACCCUUGGCUAACAGGUAGAAGAGCUUGUUGUCCACUAUGCAAGGCGGAUUACUAUGUUCCCAAGCCACGUGCGGAAACUCGUGAAUCUGCCAUCGACCAAGAAAGCACCGGCCGUCGUCUCAUCGUGCCAGCUUAUCCUCAAACUGUAUUCUUGGGUGGAGGCCGAAUCAGUAGCGCUGGGCCUCCUACAGUGUCACCGCGCGCACGGCAAGUGCUACCGACAUUCAGGACCGCCUUCUCCCGACUCGGACAAUGGCGAAGGCCUGGCGUUGACGACGGCCACGAUAUAGAUAACACAGCUGAAAUAGCGCUACGGCCUGGUCGAGGCAGCAGCAGACUUGGCCUAUUCUCUUCAGGUCCUUUUCGCCCGCGGACUCCUAGGCAAAGCCGCGGUGUGAAUGGCCCUGAGCGCCGUACCGUGGUCACUGGGUCACCGGGUUAUAAUCGCACACUCGGUCAGCUUGAGGCUGGACCCGCUGUUUGAGCCGUGGCUGCCUUUCAUUUAUUCAUGGCAUGAAUAAGUCAGUCUAUAAUUUGUCGCUUUGCAUGUCCAGAAGUUGGGCUGGAGUAUCCCAUACCUUCUAUAGCCAGUUCGGCACGGAUACUUAUGUAAUCUGUCACUCCAAGGCACCUAACGGAUAAAGCUGUCGCUUACUCCGGCUGAGAAACAGUGCACACGCCCUAAGAUUCUGUGAAUCUAUCUCUUUGAUGAGUAGUACUUCGUGUGUUUGAAAGCACAACAAUCACUUUGGGAAGCCCAGAUGUAUGCCUCAGGGUUGGUGCUAUGUGGGACAAACUCAGACGAAGGUGUUCCCAUUAUUUUCAAUUACAGAGGGGCGGAAAAACUUAAACUUAGCACCUACAAUAGGCUCGGGGUGCUCCGUGGCAUCUACCUAAGUUCAGCCUAUUCUAUGCAAAAGUGGUAUGGUAGUUAGUACUUUGUCAUUUUACUAAUCAUUUCAUAUUAAUAUACUAUAAUACAG